CUUACUAAACGUCAAUAGAAUUUGUUAUUUAAUAUGCUUUUAAAAUACAACCGUGCUGCUUUACAAUACAAUACGACGCGCUGCUUUAGAACUUAAAGUACCGCAGUUUGAUAAAGUGUUUGUUAAAUUGUUUAAACAUUUUUAUUAUUUAAAGAGUAUUAAGUCACCAUGGUUGACAAAGAUGUGGCAGAUAUAUUUGAGAAAUGGAAUCCGAUGAAAGCAGUGUACCAAAACGUGUCUCUUAAUAAAUAUAAUACUGGACCUGGUGCCGCUUUAGAACCGGGUACUGCUUUUAAAAAGCAUCUCGAUAGAGAACAAGUUCCGUACUUGUAUAUCAAGAAUGUUCCGGAACACUUAGAAGAGGAGGGCUUAUACAAUUUAUGCAGUCAAUAUGGACAUAUUGUUGGAAUUCGUAAAAGAGACAAAUCUUAUUUUAUGGAUCUGGCUAAUUUGGGUGAUAUGGACGCAAUAUAUCAUGUCCUCAAAAAGAAGAUUAAGGGGAUAACUGUAGAAAUUGGUAAAAAUUGCAAGAGACAAAGUCAACCAAAUGAACAAAUUCAGCAACAAAAUGACCAAACCGAAAUGGAAAAUUUUGAUAAUGACAAUUCUGAAAUCGAGCCAAUAACUGCUCCACCAAAUGAGAAGAGAAUUUUAGAUGGAAUACCUACUAAAAAUCAUGCGCCACCUUUCUUCCAUGAUACGCCUUUUAUUACAACAAACGAUUAUGAUUCAAAAGAUAAUUUUCUUGCUAAAGUAGAUCCAAAGAAACAAUAUGUGAAUGUGGAAGAUACUUAUAGUUUGGAGCGUCUUGGACAUAUAGAAAAAACAGAAUUUUUGAAUAAUUCAAAUUAUGAAUUCGCUACUGGUAGAGCUUACAUAAAAAUCGAUGACGCAACUAAACAGCUAAUGUCUGCAAAAGCAGUAAACACAAAUAAUGAUGAUAUAAGCGAAUUACAUAUUGGGAAAUGCGACAAUUGCAGUUUACUUUGCAGUCACAUUUGCAACGAUUGUGAAACCUUCUAUUGUAGUAAACAAUGUCAAAUAAAAAAAUGGAAAACUCAUCGUUAUGUUUGCGGAAAGCCAAAACAUAUGCAAAGAACGGAAUUAUCGGACUCUGAAAAUAGCCUAUCAAGUUCAACAUUAAGUGUAGUACGUGAUCAUAUGCCACAAAGUGGUGAUGUUGUUAUGAUUACUAGUAUAUCAAAGAGUAAUCUUGUAUUUGUACGUUCCGCACAUGCUGAAGAAUAUUUGAGUUUCUUUAAGAUAAUGCAAAAGGUUUACUCAGCGGGUGCUAAUGGAAAACAGUUAACAGAUAUUCCUAAAUUAGGACAAGUUGUUAUCACAAAAUCUAAGGAUCAAUACAAUCGAGCAAUGGUACUCAAUAUUGAUGAUCCAAACUCUAUUAAGGUUGUUUAUAUAGAUUUUGGUAAUGUUGAAUAUAAGCAAUUAUCAGAAUUAUAUCUUGCCACAAAUGAACUUAUAAGUGAGCCACGAUUCGCAAAUCCAGUACUACUUAAAGGUGUACCAUACCGUUAUAUGACCACAAAAAUACGUGAUUAUAUGUUUUCUUGGUUAAAUAUGGACGCUAUCAUAAUUUACAAUCCUGUUGACGAAGAAAAUGGUGUCCAAAGUGUGGAACUUAAACAUUUUGUUUCUAAUAAAACCCUAAACAGCGCUGUUAUAAGCCUUUGUUUAUCGAAUGAAAGGCCAAAAGAUGAAGUGUUAUUUAUAAAUUUCUUAGAACAUAUAAAAUUGCCGACUGGUAAUAAUAUUGAAGUAGUUAUUAUGGAUAAUUCAUUUUUAAUUACGGGAAUUGUGAGUUGUACUACAAGGGCAUAUGCUAUUGAAAUAACUAAAUUCCAGAAAGAGCUUCAAACGUUUGGUGAAUCAUCAAAAGAAAUGCUUUAUGCUCCACGUGUCAAUGAGUUGUGUUUAGCUCGUUAUGGUAAGGACAAUUCAAAAAAAUGGUUUAGAGGGUUUUGUGUUGAAAUCGUUGGUGAUGGUAAACCAUGUAUUCUAUUUAUGGAUUAUGGUUUUUCUGCUAACAUCAAUAUCGAGGAUAUACGUCCUUACCCGAAUCAGUAUACUUUUCCAAAAUUAACAUCGGAAUGUGAUAUUAAAGGUCUACCUCAGAUCUUGGAGAAUAUGGAAUCCAAAGAAAAACGGGAAAAUCUAAUUGCAACACUUGAGACACUGUUACCAGUAGGAUCUGUAAUUAAGUGUGACCAUAUAGAAUAUAAUGAAAAACUUAAUUUUUGUGAAUUAACACUACAUAAGAUAAAACAACAACUUGAAAUGGACGGUUUGUUGAAAGAAGCUUAAAAUGUGCUUUUUAAAUUCAAUAUUUAAAUAAUCUUGACAAUUGAAUUAGUUUGUAAGUAAUACACCAAAAUAAUCUCAACAAUUGAAUUACUUUAAGUAUUAAGUUAAAUAUUAAAAAUAUGCAUCUUUUAAAAUUGUUUAAAACAAGUUUAGACUGGUGUUCUUAAAUGUCAGUUCUAUAAAAUAAAAUACAAUGAACAUUAAAUGUCAAUGUUUUUAGUAUCUAAAUUAUUUAAAUUAGAAUUAUAAAUAGAAUUAACAAUACUUCAAGUGUGAACACACAAGUCAAGUACAGCUUUGGGUUAGAACACUGA